UCAGAAAAACAGAAUCCUGGCAAUUUAACAAGCUGGAGCAGAGGUGACCAAUAGCACUGGUAACUGGAUCAGUAAAAUCAAGAUCUCAUUUUUGUUAAAACAAGAUUGUUGGCUCCUGGCAUUUUUUUUUUAUGGCGUGUAGAUUCAAAUACAAGAGAGGAAGAUGUUUUUCCAUGGCAAGACGUGGAGAUGUGCCUGCAAACCUCCCAGUAAUAGUGUGGUUGAAGGUUGGAGUAUGUCACAUAGCACUGAUAUAAUAAGGUUGCAAAGUGUCCAUCUGUAAGAAGGGUGCAGAAGCUAUUGCUGGGGAAAAGCCUGGACUUUUUUUUUUUACAAUGCAGCUGAAGGAGACUGAGUGCUGGUGGCCCCUAAGAGUACCUAAGGACGACCUUUAAAGUAAAGGAAGGAUGGGUAUGAAUGCAUAUCGACUGCUAAGAGGAUCAAUAGCCUUAUUUGUAUUGAUGACAUCUGCUGAACGUGGUUGCCCCAAAGGCUGCAGAUGUGAUGGGAAAUUAAUAUAUUGUGAAUCUCAAAAACUGCAGGAAAUUCCUUUAUCUAUACAUCCUGGUUGUAUAGGAUUAUCACUUCGUUAUAACAGUCUACACUUCUUGAAAUAUAAUCAAUUUAAAGGGCUUAAUCAGCUCACCUGGUUAUACCUAGAUCAUAAUCAUAUUAGUACUAUUGAUGAAAAUGCUUUUAGUGGAAUACGCAGACUUAAAGAGUUAAUUCUCAGCUCCAACAGAAUCUCACAUAUUUUAAAUAACACAUUCAGACCUAUCACUAAUCUAAGGAAUUUGGAUAUAUCCUACAACAUAUUACAUUCUUUAAGACCUGAUCAGUUUAAAGGCUUAAGGAAAUUGCAGAGUUUACAUUUAAGAUCAAAUCUAUUGAGAAUUAUACCAGUAAGGAUUUUCCAAGAUUGUCGAAAUUUAGAGCUUUUGGAUUUGGGAUAUAAUCGAAUUAGAAGUUUGGCCAGAAAUGUUUUUACUGGUGUGAUCCGAUUAAAAGAAUUGCAUUUGGAACAUAAUCAUUUCUCAAAGCUCAACCUUGCUCUGUUUCCUAGGCUGGUAAGUCUACAGAAUCUUUACUUACAGUGGAAUAAAAUUUCCUUUAUAGGGCAGACUAUGUCUUGGACCUGGAGUUCUUUACAAAGACUUGAUUUAUCUGGCAAUGAAAUAGAAGCUUUCAGUGGUCCAAGCGUUUUUCAAUGUUUGCCAAAUCUACAACGACUUAACUUGGACUCCAACAAACUCACAUUUAUUGGUCAAGAGAUUUUGGAUUCUUGGGUGUCUCUCACGGACAUAGGUCUUGCAGGAAAUAUUUGGGAAUGCAGCAGAAACAUCUGCUCACUUGUAAAUUGGUUGAAAAGUUAUAAAGGUUUAAGAGAAAAUGUAAUUAUAUGUGCAAGUCCUAAAGAGCUCCAAGGAAUGAAUGUGGUUCAAGCAGUUACAAACUACAGUAUAUGUGGUAAAAGCACUACAGAAAGCAUAGGGUUAAUCAGCACUGGACCCAUUCCAACUUUACGACAUAUCACAAUCAGAACUAAGCAUGAAAGUAAUCAUUCUAUACCACCCACUGCUGGUAUAACAGAAUCAGUGUCUGAAAUGGAUGAGGAUGCAGAGAUUAUCUCUUUACAUAAAAUCAUAGCAGGAACUAUUGCACUUUUCUUGUCAGUUCUUGUAAUUUCCUUGGUGAUAUAUGUCUCUUGGAAACGGUCUCCUGUAGCUAUGAAGCAUUUACAGCAGGGCUCUCUUGUAAAAGAAGAAACGCACGACAAAAGACAACCUCUAGGACAAAGCACUGCAAACAGCCAGGAAUUUUAUGUAGACUACAAGCCUGCAGACUCAUGUGAGAUGUUGGGAAAUGGAACUGAGCAAUGUACAUAUACUAAUUCAGGCUCCAGAGAGUGUGAGGUUUGAAAACAGUGAAAAAAGUGUUAAGUUGUAUUUUCAUCAAUUGUUGUUCGUUAUAACAGUUCAAAUUAAUAAGAAAAUUAGAGUGUGACAAUGAGAGAGCUGCUCUCAUUCCAAAGAGAACGUGGAAUUCCACAGAACCUUGUAAUUUUGAAAUUGAUAUGGUCUGUCUAAUACGUGUGAUAUUAAAGGCAGUGAGGUAUGGAGUUCAAUGAUUGCAGAUGGUUAUAAUUAAACAUAUUUGAUGACUAUACCCUAGAAGAUUUGUUUUGUUUUUCUUCUCAGGUGACAUUUUAUUUUAACACUUACAGUUACAAUAAACUUACAUUUAACUUGUAUAUACAUAAUCCUGGUUAUUUUGCAGAUGCCUAUACUAUUAUGAAGAAAUUGAUAUUAAAAUGACUGUACCAUCAUACCUGUAUGGUAUUUAUUUUGAUAAAAAAUGUUUUGGCUUGUUACUGAUUUGAUUAAAAUUCCAAUUGCUUCUCUUAAUCACUUUGUCAUGAUACACUCAUGAGGAGUAGUUAAUACCUGGAAUAGCCACCCAGCAGAGGUGGUAUGGUAUCUCAGUAUUGCCAAGGUUAAUCUGAAAUGCUCUUUCUUUUUGUAACAUCUGUGUUUGCUAUAGAAUGCAUUGAUCUAAAGACCUCCCCUUGCUUCCUCCCCCCCUCUUCCUGAUGCCUGGCAUCUCUUGGUACUGUGGGUUAAAGGGACAUGGAACCCACAUUUUUUUCUCUCAUGAUUUAGAAAGAUUAUGCAAUUGUAAACCAUUUUACAAUUUACUUCUAUUAUCUAAUUUGCUUCAUUCUCUUGAUAUCCUUCAUUGAAAAGCAUAUCUAAAUAGCCUCAGUAGCUGCUUAUUGGUGGCUGCACAUAAAUGCCUUGUGUCAUUAGCUCACCCAUAUUCAUUGCUAUGUAUUCAAUAAUGGAUAGCUAUAGAAUGAAGCAAAUUAGAUAAUGAACGUACUUUUGAAUGUUGUUUAAAAUUGUAUUCUCUAUCUAAAUCAUGAAAGCAAAAUUUUGGGUUUCAUGUCCCUUUAAAGUCUUGCAAGAAGGGGCUAGGUGGUCAUAUUUUACAAGUAGGGUUGUUUGUGACAAGGCAAAGGAAGAUUCAGGGAUAUAAUUGAAUGUACAUCAACAUUAUAUCAGAACUCCACUGGGACAACAUGACAAAACAUCUGAAGGGAGUUCCCACUAACCUAUUGGAAGAUUAGUGAUAUGUGCAAAGUGUAGGUAUUGUGUUUAAUUUAUGUCCUAUCUUAGUUUUAAAGAACUAUAUCUUUGCAUUUAUUCUUGUUCUUUUGUAUGUCUUCUGUUUUUGUAAUUUGGCACUGUGUAACCUGUAUUUAUUCGUCUUUUGUUAUUAAAAAAAAUAUUAAUAAUCUAA